AAAGAAAUUGUGGUCUCAGUGCAUUUAACCUCCCCUCUAAACCGACCCCCCCCAUCGGUCCUUGGAAACAUUGGAGGCCCAUCCUCUUCUUUUUCGUUGUCCUCUGUAUUUAUUUGUCAGCUUGUUUUAAGGUUCUAGACUUGGUAGCUAUCCGGUAAUCAAGUCUAGCUUCUUAUAGUUGUUUUUUGUUUCCAUGGCGGUUGGCUUAUCCGCCGCCGUAACUCCUAAACCCUUCCGCUCAUUUCCGCUGCUGAAGCCUGCGCCAAUUUUCCAUCCUUUACUGCACCUCCCAAAAACAACAACCUACGCAGCUCGAAGAAAGAAAAGCUUUGCUGUUUGUUUCGUGGUGGAUGAAGAACAGAAGCAGAGCGCUCCUACCCAGAUCGUGGAACAAGGAUUCGAGGAUGCUAGAGAUCGUCAGAUCUUAAUACCGUCGCGUCUGUCGGAGAAAUUAGCUAGAAAGAGAUCCGAAAGGUUUACUUACCUCGUUGCCGCUGUCAUGUCUAGCUUUGGGAUUACAUCCAUGUCUGUUAUGGCCGUUUAUUACAGGUUUUGGUGGCAAAUGGAGGGAGGAGAGGUGCCUCUUUCUGAAAUGUUCGGCACAUUUACUUUAGCAGUCGGUGCCGCUGUGGGCAUGGAGUUUUGGGCUAGAUGGGCUCACAGAGCUCUCUGGCACGCAUCGUUAUGGCAUAUGCACGAGUCACACCAUCGACCCAGAGAAGGACCGUUCGAGCUAAACGAUGUGUUCGCCAUAACCAACGCCGUCCCAGCAAUUGCUCUUCUCUCGUAUGGUUUCUUCAACAAAGGCCUUGUACCUGGUCUAUGUUUCGGUGCUGGGCUUGGUAUAACGAUGUUUGGAAUGGCUUAUAUGUUCGUCCACGAUGGUCUCGUCCAUAAGAGAUUCCCCGUAGGCCCUAUCGCCAACGUGCCUUACUUCAGGAAGGUUGCUGCGGCUCACCAGCUCCAUCAUUCAGAAAAAUUCAAUGGUGUUCCAUAUGGGCUGUUUCUAGGGCCGAAGGAAGUGGAGGAUGUGGGAGGACAUGAAGAAUUGGAGAAAGAAAUCAACAGGAGAAUCAAAUCAAGCAAAGGUUCCUGAAUAUAUAAUACGAUUAAUUUAACUGUUUUCAAGGAACCCCCAUUUUUUGAGAAACGAUAUUGUCAAAUAUCAUAAACCUGAAAUGAUUCUAUGUUGAUCACUGUAUUAUUUUUCUCCCCUUUAAAAAGAAAACAAGAAGAUUAAAGAACACCUUCAAAGUUCAAUACUAAUGCAUACUGCUUAAGGGAGUAGCAGUAGUGAAUCUCAUAGGCUAUGGAUUAGAUUUCUGGGAAUUUUUGUUGUUAUUGUUGUAAGAAAAAUCUCUUAUUAAACCAGACAAGACUAUACAAAUAGAUGUGGAACGUGAUAUUUUACUUA